CCCUUUGUGGUUGCUGGUAGAGUGUGUUCCAUCGAGCUGGAAAAUUUUAUGUGUCACACGCGGCUCAAACUUGACUUUGAUAUUGCGAAGAAUAACUGCUUUUAUAUCGGGGGUGCAAACGGAUCUGGUAAAAGUGCUCUUUUUGCUGCUCUGAAUAUUGGUCUUGGUGGUCGAGGGAAUUCAAAUGAACGGGGUAACAGUGUCAAGGAUUACAUCAUGGAAGGCAAGAGUCGGAAACAUUCGGAAUAUGGAGCAAAAAUUGCGAUCGAGAGGACUAUAAGUAAAUCUGGGUCGUCUUACACCGCCAAGUCUUUAGAGUUCAGGAAUGGUCGCUGUCAUGAGAAGGUAAUUACAACAAGAAGAAAUGACAUUGAUGGGAUUUUAACCCGUUUUGACAUCCAACUAAGUAACCCUAUCUUUUGGAUGUCGCAGGAUAGAUGUCGUGCAUUUUUGCAGGACAUGAGACCGGACUCAUUGUAUAAAGUCAGAUUCUACAUAUGA